GUCAAAACAAAAUGAAACGUCAUAGUCAAACGUCAUAUUAAAUUGAUUUUUUAGUUUUUUUACAUCAAAGCCAAAAAGAAUUUUUAUGUAUUUGAAAAAUAUAUAAACACAAUAAACUUAUCUAGUGAGGCACAUAAAUACAAUACAAUGGCUAAUAAAACACAAAACUUAAGAACCAAAUGGAGCCUGGAUAGUAUAAGAACGAACCGUGUUUCUGCUGAAGCUUUAGCCUCUCCACCUGGUUACUCAUCGUCAAGCGUAAACUCGAAUGCAGAAGUUUCGAAGAAGACGGACGUGUCUCGUCUGAUAAACAAAAAGUCUUGGGACAUUGCUCUGGCCCCAUUAAAACAAGUACCGAUGAACCUGUUCAUCAUGUACAUGGCUGGGAACUCUAUUUCUAUAUUCCCUAUAAUGAUGGUUGGGAUGUUAUUCAUGAAACCAUUGCAAGCUAUUUGGUCUGCAAAAACUACUUUCAAAAUGAUGGAGACCUCAAAUGCUAUACUACAAAUGAUUGUGUAUAUUCUUGGGAAUUUUGUGAAUAUAGGACUUGCUCUUUAUAAAUGUCACAGUAUGGGGUUGUUGCCCACACAUGCAAGUGAUUGGCUAGCCUUUGUUGAACCACCAACUCGGUUAGAAUACUUAGGAGGAGGAAUGAUACUUAAUUAAGUUCACAGUAUCUAUAUGUGUAUAUUUAAAUUAAUGUAUAAGAAAUAAAAUUGAUAAUGUUGCUAU